AUGCAUUUUAGACAAGCAAAUUCAGCGACUCUAAACGUCACGGAUACAGAAGGUACGACGACGGUUCGCUAUGAUGGCGGCGGAAUGGGCGCCAUAUUCAAUACUAUCCCUGGUCGGACCGCGCUGUCGCUCGGUGUCAACGCUGACCGUAAACCAGCCGCCGUUAAGGUGUCGGACUUCACUGGCGUUGUCGGUCAGAUUGUGUUCGAUGGCCAGCGCGUGCCGUUGUGGAACUUCAUCGUCAACGAACGCUGUGAAGGCAGCUUCCCGAAGACGGGGACCCCAGCCAUGGAAACCGCCUUACAGAGGGGGUUCCUGUUCCGAGACGGCUAUGCCCAGGUGAAGCCGAAUGGCCUGAUGUACGACGUGCGCAAGUUCAAUAUCCAGGUGAAUUUCGCCACUUACUCUGAAUCGGGCCUGAUUUACUUCCGGGGCGAUCCGAAUACGAAAGACUUUGUGUCCAUUGAACUGGUCGAAGGUCAUGUAGUUUUGCAGUUUUAUCUCGGCGGACGGUCUAAACUUCGUCUCGAUGACGACCAACGGUCAGUAUCCUAUUCGUUUCUGAUGGUUGAUCGCACAGCAACAGUGCUGUGUAAGCUGAAGCGUAGUGACAUGGCUUGUAUUUUGUUCAGGUGGUUUGACUACCACAUUCAGUGGAAAGGCUUCUACGGUUGUAUUCGAUCCGUGUCGCACGGCUACGGUCAAAAAAUCGACAUAGCGAAAGCGAAUAAGUCUUUGCAUGUCGAGGACGGCUGCGUCGAAACCAACGGCCGGUUGACCACCGCAGACCGCGUGAUUAGCUUCAGUGGACGAGGCGUGUUUGAGAUGCAGGGAUUUGCGUUCGGCGUCGAUUCGUCUUUGGCAUUCAACUUCCUUACCGAAUCCGCCAACGCCGUGCUCUUUUAUGAAUCGAAUCAGCUGAAGUCACGUCGCCGCCGCCAAGUAGCCGAAAAAGAGUUCUUUGCUGCUUACUUGUCCAGCGGUCAUUUGGUGGUUCAUCUCGGAACAGGCAGGAGUUUUUCUGUCACCCUUGAAACCGAAAACGUAUAUAACGACGGGCGCUUGCAUGCCGUAUUCAUCAGACGUCAAAAAAACGGAGUCUCUUUGUUCGUCAACGACCAUUUGAUGGAUACCGUCUCCUUUCCGUCGAGCGAUACCAUCGGUUCGUUGCAGUUUGUGCUAUUUCUGGGCGGUCUCGGUAAAAGCGACGCACCUGCUGACGAACUUCCGGUCACCAACCCUCUCACCGGCUGUCUGUCAGACUUUUUCUUAAACUUCAAGCGACUGUCGUUAAUUCCGCAAUAUUUAGAAAAUGCUCAGUUAGGAUACUGCGUCAGUGUGUUCUCAGAUGGACUGUACGGUAAAGCACAUGAAUAA